UUGCUGGUUACACAGGCCAAUCCAAGGUCUGGUGUGGGCAUGAGUGUAGAGGACGGGGGUGUGCCAGGCCUGGGCGGUCGCAGACAGGCCCGCUGGACCCUGAUGCUGCUCCUGUCCACUGCCAUGUAUGGUGCCCAUGCACCAUUGUUGGCACUGUGCCAUGUGGAUGGCCAAGUGCCCUUCCGACCCUCCUCAGCUGUGCUUCUGACUGAGCUGACCAAGCUGCUGUUGUGCGCCUUCUCCCUCCUGGUGAGCUGGCAAGCAUGGCCCCGGGGGGGCCCACCCUGGCGCCAGGCUGCCCCCUUUGCACUACCAGCCUUGCUCUAUGGAGCUAAUAAUAACCUGGUGAUCUAUCUUCAACGAUACAUGGACCCCAGCACCUACCAGGUACUGAGCAAUCUCAAGAUUGGAAGCACGGCCUUGUUCUACUGCCUCUGCCUCCGGCACCGCCUCUCUGCACGUCAGGGCUUAGCACUGCUGCUGCUGAUGGCAGCAGGGGCCUGCUAUGCAGCUGGUGGCCUCCAGGACCCUGGGAACACUCUUUCUGGGUCCCCUCCAACAGCUGUGGCUGGUCCCAUGCCCCUACAUAUCACUCCACUAGGAUUGCUGCUCCUUAUCCUGUACUGCCUCAUCUCAGGCUUGUCGUCUGUGUACACAGAGCUGCUCAUGAAGCGACAGCGGCUGCCCCUGGCACUUCAGAACCUCUUCCUUUACACUUUUGGUGUGCUCCUGAAUCUAGGUCUGCAUGUAGGUGGUGGCCCCGGCCCAGGCCUUCUGGAGGGCUUCUCAGGAUGGGCAGCGCUCGUGGUGCUGAGCCAGGCUCUAAAUGGACUGCUCAUGUCAGCUGUGAUGAAGCAUGGCAGCAGCAUCACGCGACUCUUUGUGGUGUCCUGCUCACUGGUGGUCAACGCCGUGCUCUCAGCAGCCCUGCUGCGGCUGCAGCUCACAGCUGCCUUCUUCCUGGCUGCAGUGCUCAUUGGUCUGGCAGUGCACCUGUACUAUGGCAGCCGCUAGCCCCUAACCACCACCACCCUGACUCCUGACCCCAGAUUGUGUGUUGCCAUCAGAGCCACCUCCAGCCCCCUUUCCCUCAGCAGCCCGGUAACAAGUGCCUUGUGAGAAAAGCUGGGGAAAUGAGAGCAGCCAGGUAGAUGGAUGAAGGAGUACCCCUGAGAGACUUUUAGAGUGGGUUUGGUUAAGGAAACUGGACACUCUUAAACACCACCAUCCUCCCAAGUUCUUCCAGACUAAUGAAUUAAGAGAGAAUCAAGCCCUGGCUGGUUUGGCUCAGCGGUUGGAGCGUUGGCC